AUGUGCGAGCACAGCGUGGGUAAGACUUCGUUAAUGAAUCAAUAUGUAAAUAAGAAAUUUAGCAACCAAUAUAAGGCCACCAUCGGUGCUGAUUUCUUGACCAAAGAGGUCAUGGUUGAAGAUCGUCUUGUGACAAUGCAGAUUUGGGAUACUGCGGGUCAAGAGCGCUUUCAAUCCCUAGGUGUCGCUUUCUAUCGCGGGGCUGAUUGCUGCGUUCUGGUCUAUGACGUGAACAAUGGAAAGAGUUUCGAGACAUUAGACAGUUGGAGGGACGAAUUCUUAAUUCAAGCCUCCCCACGAGAUUCCGAGAAUUUUCCUUUCGUUGCCUUGGGUAAUAAAAUUGAUAUGGAAGAAUCGAAGAGAGUGGUCUCCCAAAAACGUGCGAUGACCUGGUGCCAGUCAAAAGGUAACAUUCCCUACUUUGAAACAAGCGCCAAGGAGGCGAUCAAUGUCGAACAAGCAUUUCAAACCAUCGCCAAGAAUGCUUUGCAGCAGGAGACUGAUCAAGAUUUUUACAACGAUUUCCCGGAUCCAAUCAAAAUUGAUAGCGAGGCAGCCAAAUAUGAUGGCUGCGGUGGCUCCCAGGAUAUUCCGUUGACGAGUGCUGGAUAUGAAGAAAGUCAACUCCUGGGUAUUAUGGGUGGAAAUCCCUCCAAAGUUUAUGAUGUGAUCGAAUAUGUUGCAUUCCAACGCAGGUUAUUUAAGGAGAAGGGAGAAAGUGAGGGGUGGAAAGUAAAAGGUUAUUGUAGUCGAGAUUUGCCAAAUUUUGUCACCAAACCACAGGGAUCCACAGAAGCAUAA